AUGCCAUACGUGCCGCACGAGGUCAUCGUGUCACUGGUCCUGCCCCGGCUACCCGUCGCGUCGCUGCUGCGGUUAAGGUUCCUCUGCAAGGCAUGGCGUGACACCAUCGACAACGACGACGACUUCCACCGUCGGCACCUCCGGCUCCAGAGCUCGGCCGUCCUCAUCGCGCUACAGGUCCCCAGCCGAGCUGCACCUCACGACAGAAGUGUCACCACUGCCACGUUGUACUUGUUGGAGGACAGCCAGAAGGACGCCGCCACCCUCGUGCACGACAUGCCCUACUACCACGCCUCCCCCGCGGGCGUAGCGCACGACCUUGCGCACUGCGACGGGCUGGUUCUGGUGCCGACCGACACGAAGGUGCGCGUGCUCAACCCGGCCACAGGCUGCUUUGUCACGCUUCCGUGGAGCACCCACGGCGUCAGGCCAGAUGGGUUCUCUUACGGUCACCAGGCCUUUGGCCUCGGCCACGACCCUAGUUCCAACACCUACAAAGUUGCUCGCUUCUUCUACCGCUCCAAGCACGACCUCGGGAUGGAGGUCUUCACUCUCGGAGGACAGCACUGCUGGCGAGAGACCGCGGCGCGACCGUGUACCCCGUCAAGCCAGGGCGAACCGCCAUCUUCUUCAAGGGCUCUCUGA